UUCCUGACGCAGUCUGUUCAGCCGUCUGCUGUCAUCCCUCACACGCGCUCAGCGCUUAUUUACCGGGCAACAGUUGCAUCAUCUGUCAACCGGUGCGGUAGAGCAGCCCUACUUUGCAAUACCUCGAGAACACGGAAUCACGCAUUUGCGCGCGCGUUACACGUUCUGUUGGUUCAGCUCGAGCGCGUCUCCUCGUCGCGGUGAGUCAGUGAGGCGGGAUCCGCGAUUGGAUUAGUCGCUGUGCGUCGGUCAGUCCUCGUUCUGUUUGGCGGUACCGUAACCGGGCGGCAUGAAACGGAAUGCGGGCAACGAUUAAAACCGGUCACAGAGUCACAGAGAGCGAUACUCGCGUUCGCGGCUUUAUCCGUUUGUGUUUUGUGUUUCCUGUAAGGCUGGAAAGAUUGACGCGUUAAGAAGGUUAUUCGGAGGCAGCGCUCACCCUGGAAGCACCAUGGCCAGGGGAAGCGAGGAAUCUGUGAAUGGAUCGUGGAAAAAGCAAGUGGAUGACAUCAGGAAGAUAUUUGAGUUUAAGGAAAUCCUCGGGACGGUUUGCCAGUCAACCAUGUUACAACAGUUUUCUACAGUAAAGUGAUUGUUGCCACUGUGGGGCAUUUUCUGAGGUGGUCCUGGCCCAGGAGAAGGCCACAGGAGAGAUGUACGCCGUGAAAUGCAUCCCAAAAAAAGCACUAAGAGGAAAAGAGAGCGGAAUAGAAAACGAGAUUGCGGUGCUGAGGAAGAUCAAGCAUGAGAACAUUGUGGCACUGGAAGACAUUUACGAGAGCCCCACUCAUUUGUAUCUUAUUAUGCAACUUGUGUCAGGCGGGGAGUUGUUUGAUCGUAUUGUAGAGAGGGGUUUCUACACGGAGCAGGAUGCCAGCGCGUUAAUCAAACAGGUUCUGGAUGCGGUUAACUACCUCCAUUCGCUGGGGAUAGUCCACCGAGACCUGAAGCCAGAGAAUCUGCUCUAUUUUAACCCACAUGAGGAAUCCAAGAUUAUGAUAAGUGAUUUCGGCCUGUCCAAGAUGGAGGGCGCAGCCAAUGACAUAAUGUCCACGGCUUGUGGGACGCCAGGAUACGUGGCUCCAGAGGUAUUAGCGCAGAAGCCUUACAGCAAAGCUGUGGACUGCUGGUCCAUCGGAGUGAUUGCUUACAUCUUGUUAUGUGGAUACCCUCCGUUUUACGAUGAGAAUGACUCCAAACUGUUUGAGCAAAUACUGAGGGCAGAAUACGAGUUUGAUUCCCCAUACUGGGAUGAUAUUUCUGAUUCAGCUAAAGACUUCAUUAGUAACCUGAUGCAGAAAGAUCCAGAAAAGAGGUUCACUUGUGAAGAGGCUCUUCGGCAUCCAUGGAUAGCUGGUGAUACUGCGCUCUGUAAGAACAUCCACGAAUCAGUCAGCCGACAGAUGAAGAAGAACUUCGCCAAAGCAAAAUGGCGACAAGCGUUUAAUGCUACCGCAGUGAUCAGGCACAUGAGACGUCUUCAGCUCGGCAGCAGUAUGGAUUCCUCUCAACACAGGAAGCAGAAUCCACCAUCCAUGCCAGGGAAAAGUCAGUCGGUCGAUGUUUCCUCAGUCCACCGCAACGACUGUUCGUCCAUGCAAGCGACAAACUCUUCCUCGAGGACGCCCGAGCGCCACACGCGGCCAUCCACGGUCACUACCAUCAUCACUGGCUCCAAAUGACAUCACUUCCUGUCAGACUGCUCACUUGACUGUUGCACUUUGUGGAAAGACGUGUUUUCUUCUAUUUAACGGUAACUUCCAUUGUCCGCAGUCGCCCGUUCAAACCAGUUUUCCUUUCUGGAAAGCCAAUGGCGUACUAAGAAACGAGGCUUAAAAAUAGCGGCCUGUGUGAAUUUCAGGGACUGUUUUGUCAGGAUUUGGACGUUUGAAUGGAUAUUACAAACCAUGAGAUGAAGAACAGCUUUGAGUAUUAAUAGAAGAUAUAAAAGGUGUAGAUAAAACCGUUUCAUUCAUUAAAAAGGUGUACCUUUUGCUGCUUUAUUUCAACCUGCUGCUGUUAUGAACAACCAAACGAUAAAGGAUGUGAGAUUUCCAGAAGCUGGUGUAGUAAAUACAGGCUAAUAAAUAAUAGCCAAUACGUAUAAACGUAAAAUUCGGUUCUGGAUGCAUCUGGCAUUUAUUCAUGAGAGAAUGAAGGAUGUGACUAUUGUACAAAUAGAAAUGUGCAGAUUAAUGUUUUUAUCAGCAAUUCGUUAAUAUAAGUGAAAGAAUCUGGAGUGAUUUGUGUGUAAAUGUUUCUGAAAGUAUAAAAUGGUGGUGAAAAGCACUUUUUGUGUAUGUUUUGGAUUUAUUUUGUAAGCUUUGCUUUUUAAAAUGACUUUUGGUCACACUUUACAUUGCAGUGAUUAUGUUGCGUUGUGUAAAUUCAGGUAUUGCUAUUGCCACUGUACAUUAUAUGUAAUAUAGACACUGUAAUGUAAACUGUUAUAUCAUAAUUUAGUUCUUUUAUUGUGGCUAAUGAGGAGAUCGAACAACGCUUGGCCAAUAACGUGUAUGUUUUAUCACAGAUCUAUAUGAAAAGUACCAGCUUCAGUGACGGACAUCUGUAUUUGCUGAUCUUGUGUUUCAGUGAAGCGAAAACGACUAAAAUUUCACACAUCGUCCCAGUGUACGGAUGCAAACAUCGCAGUUUUCCAGUUUAACCGAAGCUGUUUUGAUAUGAUGUGUCCACUGAUAUACGACUGUGAGCGGUUCAAACAGUAAAUCUUGCAUGUCAUCCUGGUCUUCAUACCGGCCCGCUGAAUUUAGCAGCUGAGUGCUGGUUCUUUCAUUCAGGUCGCAGAAAUGAUGUAAGCAGUGUUUUCUCUUUAGUAGAUUUGUUCUGUGGUGAGUGUAUGGUUUCAAAUUUUCAUUAAACACAAUGAUAACACCUG